AUGCUGGCCUUCAAGACUCUUCUCGGCCUGGCUACUGUUCAGGCUGUCUCUGCCCAUUUCGGUCUCGUCUUCCCUCCUUGGCGAGCGGACACCCUCAGUGAGGCGAACGAGGAGCGCUACAACCAGUGGGAGCAACCUUGCGCUGGUGUUGACUUCAACAAGAAGAACCUCACCGACUGGCCCCUCGACGGUGGCGCUCUCACCCUUGAUCUUCACCACGAGUGGACCUACAUCUUUGUCAACCUUGGUCUCGGCGAGAACUCCACCAACUUCAACAUCUCCCUCACCCCCGAGUUCCUCAACGCUACCAACCCAGGUACUCUCUUCAUCGACAAGCUUGAGCUUCCCUCAGACGUCAAGCCCAAGGACGGAGAUAUCGCUAGUAUCCAGGUUGUCACUGUUGGUGACACUGGCAAUGCCCUGUACAACUGUGCGGACAUCCGCUUCAAGGAGAAUGCCAAAGGACCUAGCAACAAAACCGGAGAUGUGGACUACGUCAAGAUCAAGCAGCAGAAUGGCAAUGGAACUGAGGAAGAGAGUUCUUCCAACUCCACAUCUUCUGGAGACAGCAAGGACAACGCUGCGGGCACCAUGGGCGUAAAUACGAUAGUUAUGACUUCUGUCGUGGGUCUUGCUGCCGCUUUUGUGAUGGGUUUGGGCCUAUAG